GUUUUGUAACUUAAACAAGUAAAAAAAGAUGUUUGUUGGAAAAAAAUUUAUCAUUUCGGUAAUUAUAUUGAUGAUGUCAUUCUCUACAUUUAAAUAUUUGGAUGGAGCAGUUGAGAUGUUUUCUCUAAAUGGGCAAUUCGAUAUUAAAGCAAACACACUUCUUACAACAUUUAACAUCUUUCCCAAAGAAUAUGAAAUAACAUUUGAAGUUUAUUUAAGUUCAUUUACUUCUGGAAACAAUUAUUGUAAGUGUGCAAACUUGUUUCGAUUUACCUCUGGGAACGAUGAUUUAGAUAUUAACGAAAGACUUCUAGCGGCAUGGUUUACUACUUAUGCAACAUUGACUUUUUAUUUAUUUAUUAAUAAUCACUCCGUUCAAGUGCUAAAUAUUCCCUUUAGCAUUGGAUGGAAAAAAUUUAAUAUAAGUCAGCUACUUCUUCAUGGAGCCUAUAUUUCUACUAUACAAGUUGACGGUACAAUCAUCUCUUCAGUAACAAAUACUGAUGCAAAAGAGUUUUACAAUGUGAAAUUGUAUUUUUCUGAUCCUUGGUAUUUAGCGCAACCCGGAAUGGCAAGGAACCUUUUAGUGACAAAAGGAUGCUCAGAAAGCAACUUUUACUGCAAACCAUUACUAGAAGUAACAUACAAUGCAGAUAUAUUUUUGAAACUUGGAUGUUGGAAAGACGCAUAUAAAAGAGCGUUAAUUCCGCUUGAAGACAAUUUAAAUGACGAAACUUUAUCACACCAAAAACGCCCUGAUCCUCUAGGUUAUUGCUACAGAAAUGCUUCAAAAUAUGGCUACAAAAUAUUUUCUUUGCAGUUUGGCGGACAGUGUUUUGCAGGAAAUGAUACAUCUUAUGAAAUUUUUGGACAAUCAAACAAUUGUAGUUUAGAUGGAAGAGGUGGUCCUUGGGCAAAUGAAGUUUACACAAAACACAACAAUAGCUUUUUGGUACAAAAUACAGAGAAAAACAAAUAUGUUUUGGAUAUUAGUUUAAAUUUGGACUAUAUCAGUUUAGUCGAAUCAGCAUUUAAUGUAACCUGGGAAUACCUUAUUCCUCCUUUUAUAAAUGUGAAAUAUGAAGAUUUACCAGUUGAUAUAAUAAAAAUUAACUCUAAUAAAUAUAAAUAUAAAAUAUUCAAUUUAAAAUACAAAGGAAUCAAUCAAAGUAUAAUUGCUACACUCAAUAAUACUCGGUGUUUAUUUGGCGGAAUAUACAAAAUUAAUGUACCAAUUAAAGUAUAUUUUGAAAAUACUAUUGGAAGUUCUUGGGAUAUAUUCAAAACAAUAUCAAUAAAUAUACAAGAAAACUGUCCAAAAACAAACGAUUCAAGUCAUAUUAUGCCAACCAACCCUAAUCAUGUACCCGGAUUUUUAAUGUAUCUUAAAACUGAUCUGACUGUGGCUUUGAAAGUACAUGCUAUUACAGCACACUUAGAAGACUAUGUGUCCAGAUCUCUUGGAAGAUAUGUAGAGCAGGCUUCUGAAGCAGCUCAUGCUAAAAUGAAGCCUGUCAUCAACAGGUUCAAUGUUUUCCAAAUGAGCAAAAAACAAGAUUAG